AGCGGAAAAGCUCUGGGAGGGGGGGGAAUAGCGGCUAUUGCAGUGCUUGGUUUAUUCUGUUUUAACAAAAUUUAAGCCUCUCUUAAGCGGCUUUCCGUCUAUUAAGAUGCCCCCAUGUAUAAGACGCCCCCUAUUUUUGGGGUCUCCAAUUUAAGAAAAUGGGGGGAGAUGGCUCCGUGUAUAAGAUGCGCCACGAUUUUGAACGUUAUUUAGAGUGAAAAAACCUAGUCUUAUACACAGAAAAGAACGAAAAAUGUCGGACAAAGAAGAGGCGGCAGGAGAGGGUUGCCAGAAAAUAAAUGCCACAGCAUCUCUGCAGAAAGAUCGGAUGCAGUCUCCUUGGAGGGAAGGACAACUUCAAACCGUUGAGGAGCCUCUUGCUUCCCCAGAGCUCUCUGGAUCCACUAGCGGUGCCACACAAGGAAAGGCACACCUUCUGCCCUCCGCUUCUUUUAAGGAGCCGCUCCUGGAUGGAUGGGAUCAACCAAUUGAUGAUGUUUCGGAUGCACAACUGGAGAAGCAAAAUGAAAGCUUGCCUGUUCUCCCAGUUUCUUCUGUAAAACCUCGGCCUCCGGAAAUCGAAGUUUCCCACACACAACGCUGUGCCGCUAUUACCAGUGAUAUUUGUGAAAUGCUGAUUGGCGAAGACGUGCGGUACCAAGGCUGCAUGAGCAGCGUGGCAGCAUUCAUACUGGAGAGAGAGGUUGCCAACAGCCCGAGCUCCUACAAGGAGACCUACGAGCUGGUUGCCCUGGGAACAGGAGAUGUCUGCUACGAGGGCUGGAUGGAGUUCAAAGGCAGGAGGAUCCAUGAUAUGCAUGGGCUAGUGGUUGCCCGCAGAGCGCUUCUGAGGUACUUAUACAAGCAGCUACUGAUGUCCUGCUGCCAAGACCCCACCGCCCUUGAGAAGUGCAUCUUCCGCCUGGCAGAGGACGGGGUGCACCUGACUCUGAAACCAAAUUACUUUCUGCAUCUCUACCUGAGUCGGAGGCCCAAAGGAGCUUCAGAGAACACCCGGAUUGUGUCUCCACAGCCGAAUCCAUCCAUUGGGCUCCACAUCAGCGUUAAAGGGGUCCUCAGGCCCAUCUCCUACUGCCGCCCCAGCGCGCUGUCUGCCUACGUCUACUGUGUCUCCAGCAGCGACAAGCUGACCCGCUGGAGUGCCUUGGGAGUGCAGGGGGCCCUUCUCAGCCACAUCAUCCACCCGGUGUACAUCACCAGCAUUGUCCUAGCUGAUCCUUACCAAGACCAUGACACCCUCCAUAAGGUCAUCAAUGAGCGAUUGAACCCGGCAGCCUCGGAUAGCUUGCCAAAGCCAUUUAACCACAGGCAGAUCUACCUUUUUAAGGGUCCCUGCGCCGCUUCCCUUGACACGCCAGCAGAGUUUCGCUCCUUGAGCUUCAACUGGUGCGGGGGAGACGAGAUGCUGGAACUAGUGAAUGCAGCUGUUGGGAAGGCAGUACAGGACAUGGCAAAUCCAUUUGACCAGUACCGCCCAAGUCGGCUCUGCAAGGCUGCCAUGCUGAAAUCCUUCAGGAAGGUGGCUCAGGAGAUGAAGAGAGAGGACUUGCUGCUGCUGCCCACAUAUUAUGAAGCCAAGGUCAAAGCUGAGGUCUAUCAGACAGCCAAGCGCCAGGUGUAUGCCCAGCUGAGCUCGCAAGACUUUGGCAAGUGGCCCCAAAAGCAGUUGGUGGACAUCUUCCCCAGUUAGACUGCCCUGCCGGCUAAGCUACUGCCUGCAUACUGGAGACAUUUCAGGCUUAAGGUGGAUGGCUGGGUGGGUGUGCGCAAGGCUGGUAAAUCUUCACCUAGCAAAUGGAGAGCUCUAAACGUUGCUGUACUUUUGGGGUGGAUGGGGCUAUAAAUGUUUAAAUACAUUGUUUUGCCGUGAUGCCGUUUUCACAGCGGUCCUUUCCUAUGAUGGAAUAGGAAAGUUGGGUGUGUAACUGAAGCUUAAAGUUCUGACUUGACAUUUACUUAGACUUCUACUUUUUCUUUGUACCUGCUUUGGGGCUGCGUCCAAACACAGCCACAAACUAUGGUGAUUGUUACGGAAAUGAGGCACAGAAAGCCCUGAGCUUUCCCACUCCUCUGCCUCUCCUCUGGGAUGGGUAAUGAAACAGGCUUGUUUCAACACAGACCAUAGUUAAGAUUAACCUCGGUUUAGGAUUAAUCAAAUGGUUAAUCAAAAAAGGAAGUGAAAACUUCUGAUCUCUCAACCCUGCUGGAGGAAGAGAGCGGGCAGUGUGCAGCCUUCCUCUGCAGUUUAUUCCUGGAAUAAUAUACAGUGGGCUAUUAAACCAUAGUUUAUUGUUACAUUUUAAUUCAGUUUCUGUCUGUGUGUUUCAGGGAGGUCAGGGUAACAUGUGAAAUACGCAGGAGUUGCACAACCAUGUGAGAAGGAGGCUGUGUGACAAACUUCUGUGUACCUCUAUAAAGGCUGCACAUUUCCUUGAUCUUUUAAUAUGCACACACUAAUCUCAGAGAACACAUAAGCAAACGUCUUCAGAUUUCAUUACUGUGGAUUUGAAGGCUUAGCUUUGGGGAUUUUUAUUUAUUUAUUUUGCUAUUUGCAAUUGAAACUUUAACAGUUAAAGGCAGGAUCCAGUUGAGCAUCCCAGGCCAAUUUUUCACUUAAGCCGCAGUUUGGUUUCUAUCAGCUCCUUUCCAUAAUUUGUCACACUGUGGUUCAGUUUCAUGGUGGAAGUGAAUGAGAAAUUGUCACACAUUCAGGUUGUACUUAAUUGGAUGUGUUUUAUGACAAGGGGUUUGAGAGCUGGCCGUUUUGUGUUUGUUUGGAAAUGCACUUGUUUUGGCUGCUAAUUUUGUAGAACAGUCUUUGCAGAUAUUGCUACUGAAGUAAAGAAUUGCGAACCUUAGAA